AUGUCUAUUUCGCGUCCUCCACCACCAAUAUUCGACGAUAUAUCUUUUUCAAUUGGUAAUACACCAAUAGUUCGAAUAAAAUCGUUACCUACACUCGUUUCUUCAAUUGAAUUAUCAAACAUUGAAUUAUUGGCCAAAUUGGAAUAUUUGAAUUCAUUAUCUGGAAGUAUUAAAGAUAGAGUUGCGAAACGAGUAUUAGAAGAUGUUGAAAAAAAAAAGGAAUUAAACUCUAAAACAACUUUAAUAAUCCCUACAAGUGGCAAUUUAGGGAUAAGCAUUGCACUUUUAGCUCAUAAAAAAGGAUAUAAAACAUUAGUUCUUGUACCUGAACGUACAUCAAUAGAUCGAAUCCAUAUUUUAAAGGCAUUAGGAGUCGAAAUUAUAAGAACACAAAAUGAAGCUCAUUAUGAUGCUCCGGAAAGCAAUUUUAGCUUGGCUAAAAAAUUAUCAAAUGAAAUUGCAAAUUCAAUUGUAAUUGACGAGUUCAAUAGUCAAAGUAAUUUUAAAGUACAUCAUGAAGAAACUGCAGAAGAAAUUUAUACACAAAUUGAAGGAAAAUUAGAUGUGCUUGUAGUUGGCGUAGAAUCUGGAGCUACAAUUACUGGGCUUGCAAAGAACCUCAAAUCUCGAAUAUCCGGAUUGAAGGUAGUUGCCGUUGAGCCACAACAUUCAAGAAUACAAGAUAACAAGCCUAUCAAUCCGUCAUCCGUAAAAGAUAGAAAGGUUGAAGAUAUCGGAAACAAUUUUACACCACCCAUUUUGGAUAUGUCCUUGAUUGAUUCAUGGAUGAGAGUUAACGAUCAAGAAUCCUUUGCCAUGUCCAGAAAAUUAAUUAAUGACGGAUUAUUAGCAGGACCAUCUUCUGGGUCUGUCGUGAGUGCUGCAUUAUCAUAUAUCAAACAACGGUCUACAGCGCAAGAAAAUUCGACACGUAUACUUUGCAUAUUAAAUGAUACUGCUCGAAAUUAUAGUACUACUUUAUUAUCAGAUGAGUGGCUUCUAGAGAAUGACUUGAUGGAUGACGAGAUGAUUCGAAAACUCGAAUACCAAAGAAGUGAAAAAUACAGAGCUGCGAGCGUGGAAGAUUUACAACUUCCGGCAGCAGUUACAGUUCCACCAAAUAUAACAAUAUCGCAUGCAAUUGAAUUAAUGUUAGAAAGAGAAUAUUCACAAUUACCUGUUAUUGAUUCUCAUAAAAAGUUAAUUGGGUAUGUUUCUUUAACCUCCUUACAAACUCAAUUAGAUGCAGGAGAGGCAGCACCAAAAGAUGCUGUAUCUAAGUGGUUGUUUUCAUUUGGCGGAAGUAGAACCAAUAAUAGUAAAAGAGAACGUUAUCAAUUAAUCACACCUGAUACCCCUUUGUCUGAAUUAGCUAAAUUCUUUGAAAAACAUAGUUUUGCUGUUGUAACUGACUCCGAAAGAAAAUGGUGUUUAGGUGUUGCUACAAAGUAUGAUUUAAUUAAUUUCUUAAAUCAUAGAAAUUCUGCAAAAAUGGUUAAUCCUGUAAAGAAGGUUAAGAUUGUCAAGAAGCGCAUUAAGCCUUUUAAAAGGCAUCAAUCAGAUCGAUAUAAAUCCGUAAAGGAAGCAUGGAGAAAACCAAAGGGUAUUGAUAAUCGAGUUCGACGUAGAUUUAAAGGACAACUUCUAAUGCCAAAGAUUGGUUACGGUUCAAAUAAAAAAACUCGUCAUUUAAUGCCGAAUGGAUUUAAAAAAUUUCUCGUAUCUAAUGUUAGAGAAUUAGAAUUAUUACUUAUGCAUAACAAAACAUAUGCAGCCGAGAUUGCUCAUAACGUUAGUUCAAGAAAGAGAAUUGCAAUAAUUGGAAGGGCUCAACAAUUAAAUAUUAGAGUUACCAAUGCUAAAGCUCGUGUUAGUACUCAAGAAGUUGAUUAA